AUGCGGCACCACGAGAACCUAGAGCGACACGUAACAUGGGUAAAACUGCUAGUGAGCGUGGUGAUGGACGACAAGCAGGCGGGAGACGUGAAACCCACUGAGAAUGCAUCUGAAUCUACGACGAUUAGCACGAGAACAACCACCAGCUCGACUACAGGUCCGACGCUAACCGGGUGCACAGUCACCGACAAGACAGUAAGAAGAACGUCGACCGGCGUCCAGCUGAACAACACGAAGGUGAAGACCAAGACGAAUGGGACACCAGAGACACGACGACGCAACGCCCAGGUAACAUGA